UUCAAACCAGUGUCAGCGCUCGCGGAGAGCAGUGUGUGAGGUGCACUGCUUUCGCCGAGCUGCGGAGGCAGCGUGAGAGCUGGCUGGAAGAGCUCUUGAGACAGCGGCGUCGAGAGAUGUGGACGCACCCUUGGACAGUCCUGUUGCUGCUGUUCUUGCUGAAGCUUCUGUCUAGCAGAGCGACCCAAGCGGAAUGUGAAAUGGGGCAGUUUCAGUGCGACAAUGGCAGGUGCAUCCCCACAAUCUGGAGGUGCGACGACGACGACGACUGUACGGACAACAGCGACGAGGAGAACUGCCCUAAGAUGACGUGCGCACCGACGGACUUUGCCUGCCGGAAUGGCCAGUGUGUGCCCGCUCGAUGGCGGUGUGACGGAGAGGCCGAGUGCUCGGACGGCUCGGAUGAAGCGGAGACAACGUGCAGCCGACAGUCAUGUCCACCAGAGAAGUUCAACUGUGGGGGUCCCAGCAAUAAAUGCAUCUCACUGUCAUGGCGCUGCGACGGGGAGACAGACUGUGAGAACAGCACUGACGAGGCCGGGUGUGUGACAGAUGCCAAGCCCUGCCCCUCCGGCGAGUUCCAGUGCCGCAACAAGAAGUGCAUCGCCACCAUCUUCGUGUGUGACGGAGACGAUGACUGCGGAGACAGCAGCGAUGAGGAACGCUGCUCGCUGCCCACCUGUGCCCCCCACGAGUUCCAGUGCAACAAUUCGGUAUGCAUCCCGGAGCUGUGGAGCUGCGACGGAGACCCCGACUGUGCCGACAAGUCCGACGAGUCCAUCGAGCGCUGCGGUCACAAAACUGAGCCGGCCAGGCCCAGCUGCGCCUCCAGCGAGUUCCAGUGUGCCAAUGGGGAGUGUGUCCACCUCAACUGGAAGUGUGACGGGGAGCCCGACUGCAAGGACAAGUCCGACGAGAGCAGCUGCCCGGUUCUCACCUGCCGACCCGACCAGUUCCAAUGUGGCGACGGAUCGUGUGUUCAUGGGAGCAAGCAGUGCGACAAAGUGCACGACUGUCCAGACUACAGCGACGAAGCGGGAUGUGUCAACGCAACCCGGUGUGACGGCCCAAUGAAGUUCUCCUGCAAAAGCGGCGAAUGCAUCGACAGCAGCCGAGUGUGCGACUCCCAGAAGGACUGCCGGGACUGGUCUGACGAGCCCAUCAAAGAGUGCCAUUUAAAUGAGUGCUCCCAGAACAAUGGCGGCUGCAGCCACCUGUGCACAGACCUGAAGAUCGGCUACAAGUGCGAGUGCCCCUCGGGGUACAAACUGCUGGACAAGAAGACGUGCGGAGACAUCGAUGAGUGCGAGAAUCCGGACGCCUGCAGCCAAAUCUGCAUCAACUACAAAGGAGACUUCAAGUGUGAGUGCUACGAAGGCUACGAGAUGGACGCCGUCACCAAGACCUGCAAGGCAGUGGGGAAGAGCCCUUACUUGAUGUUCAUAAACCGCCAUGAAAUCCGGAAGAUUGACCUGAUCAAGAAGGACUACACGCAGAUUGUGCCCAUGCUGAAGAACGCUGUGGCUCUGGACGUGGACGUGGCCUCCAAUAAAUUGUACUGGUGUGACUUGUUUCACCACAGAAUAUACAGCGCCUACAUCAACAAAGCGAGCGAGGCGUCCCACCAGAUCACCAUCAUCGACAGCCACCUCCAUUCUCCCGAAGGCCUGGCCAUGGACUGGGUGCACAAGAACCUCUAUUGGACCGACUCGGGGAACAAAAGCAUCUCGGUGGCCACCACGGACGGGAUGAAAAGGAAGACGCUCAUCGACAGCGAGCUCGGCGAACCCCGUGGAAUCGCCUUGGACCCCCGGGAAGGCUUCAUGUACUGGACAGACUGGGGAGACCAGGCCCGGAUUGAGAAGGCAGGGCUCAAUGGAGUCAGCCGGCAGAUCUUGGUGUCAGAAAACAUUGAAUGGCCUAACGGAAUUGCGCUGGAUUUACCAAACAGACGUCUCUACUGGGCCGACUCUAAACUUCACCUCAUAUCCAGCGUGGACUUCAGUGGAGGAAACAGGAAGGUCCUCAUUCCAUUCACAAUCCACCCUUUAGCCCUGACAGUGUUUGAGGAUAAGGUUUACUGGACUGACCUGAAGAAUGACGCCAUCUACAGUGCCAACAGGCUGACUGGACACGACAUCUCCUUGCUGGCUGAACGUCUGAAUAACCCUCAUGGCCUCGUCAUUUUCCAUGAACUCAGACAACCCCAAGCUCAAGACAGCUGCAACUCCGGCCCAUUGCCAAACGGUGGCUGUGAGUACAUGUGCCUGCCUGCACCCCAGCUAACCAAGCAUUCCCCAAAAUUCACCUGCGCCUGUCCGGAUGGGAUACUGCUCAACUCGGACAAGAGGCACUGCCAUACAGAAUCUACAACAGCAAAGCCAAAAGGAACAAAGCCGGCAACAACAACCAAUGCAACGAGAGCAUUUGCCCCCAGCAGUCCUGCCCUGACUACGGAGGAUGCCCCCUUCUCUGCUACUACUAGUGCUUUUAUGACUUCUACCUCAACCACUACAGAUGCCACCACCACAACUGCCACCACUACGACCAGCACCAUAACUGCCACCACUACAACCAGCACCACAACUGCUACCACUACCACCAGCACCUCAGCUGCUCCCACCACCACCACCACCACCACCACCAUCACCACUGCUGCCAAUACAAACCCUGUGGCUGGAGUAAGAGCAGACAUGGAGGAGAGCCUCAACCCAUGGUUCAACACUGCUUGGACUCCAGCCUUCAGCCAGCACACUACUGCGGUGGCCAAACCUCCGGACGAUGAGCAGAGCGAGAGCAACAAUUUGUCUCAUCAGGGGGGAAGCACAGAGUUCCUUCUGCUGACCGGCGUGACGGUGGCCGUGGUUAGCAUCGUCAUCCCUGCAGCGGUCAUCAGCCUGGUGUUUACCAGCAGCUUCCUCAUCUGGAGAAACUGGAGGAGGAAAAACACAAAGAGCAUGAACUUUGACAAUCCCGUCUACAGGAAGACCACCGAAGAGGACGAGGACGAUGAAAUCCACAUUGGCAGGACGGAGCACAUUGGGCAUGUGUAUCCUGCGCGUGUGGCUCUCAGCCUGGAGGACGAUGGCUUACCCUGAAGACCAACAGCGUUGUGCUCCCCGAUGUCUGCAGCGUCGAUGGAGGAGAGAAGACCACUGGCUGAAGGAGCCAAGGAGUCGCCGGCGUUCUCACAUCCAAGGGGUUGCACUGCUAGUUGUUCUUAGGCUUAGAGUUUUGGGGUCUCAUUAUUGGGGGGUGGGGGGGGGGUGUUGCAGGGUCAGACUUGACCCAUUCUGACCACGUCAGGUGGACUUCAUAUGCAGACGCGAGCGAGUGCUCGCCAGGUACCCUGGGGUGCUGUGCGGGACGGGGAAAUUCUCUACCCAGCGUUGUGUAAAGUGACUUUUCCUAUCACUGCUUUGUAUUCCUGUAAAUGUUAUUUUUUUACUGUAAAUAAGAGUGAAGCUUUUUCCGUCACCGUUUUCAACAAACCAAUAGCGUGGAUCGAUUAGAAGCAGGUGGGAAAGACAACACAAGCCGGCAGUAACUGCACCUGCAUGGGAGGCCUGCUGGCCAGGCGACACGGGGUUAAAGCGAUCGGUGGGCUUGUGGUAGAAGGCACUGAGGCACUUGGCUGCACUGGCUCCAGUGGGGGGGGCAGCCUGGGCGGCU